AUGGCUCGCCGUUUUCCCCCAGACUCUAUUUCAGCCAGCCGAGGCUUGGUUGAUAACUAUGCCUUUUUGUCAAAGCGUGGCGACUUUGUUUCGAGAGACGAGAAGGAUUCUCAGCUCAACACCAUAGCGGAACAUUCGGCACGGAUGUUCUGCAGCCACCCUAGUAUGGAAGCCGUUGUACUUCAGUUGGAAUACGAACCUGCCCGUACAGAUACGCUGCUCUGGAACGGAGAAGUUACGGGGCUCAGCAUCUUAGCAAGCGUCACAUGGAUCAUCAGCCAUCACAAACUAACGUCGAACAAGGGUAUCGAAAUGGCAAUCAGCUCGCCUAUGAAGGAGGAACAGAGACCAAUCGAAUCCUUCACUGCAUACCAAAUCUAA